AUGGACACAGUUUAUCCCGAUCCCUCCGACUCCUGGCAUUCCGCGCAGAAACAAUUGGAACACGCAUUCAUUGAACUGACGUAUCUGUCUCGACAGUGGCAGCCGUCGGACGACCCUCCUUUCUAUUCUUUUUGGAUGGCCUCUUCGGAAGUGGACCAAAAGUUUCUCGGCUAUUUUGCAAAAGUUACCACUACGGAGAAUAAUUAUCUUUCCAGCUUUCUCUUCCGCGUCCUUGGUCUCUCUGUCAUCCUAGCGGAGAAGCUUCUGCGUGCGCGCCGAGCGAAGCGUCUCGAUCCUGGCCGUGACCCGAAAACCAGACAUCUCGUCCAUCAUAUCUUAUGGCUGGCCCGCGAAGGGCUCGUCAUGGUCGAGCAAUAUGUACUUCCCAUGGUGGGCAAUUACAUUGAGCUCCGUGUCCUGUCUUACAAACUGAAGGCCUCGUUUUAUCACGUUUUCGUUCUCUUUCACAACGAUCCGCCGGUCAACAAUCGAGUCAAUCGGUCGACAUCCGACUCCUUCUCUCUGAUUCCCGAUCCUUUAUCACCGAAACUCUCUUUCAAGACUCCUCCAGCAGAACCCACUCGUCGAUCUCCCAACAGUGGUCGUCAACGGUCACCGGCGAUCAGCCUGGGUGGGCCGGUGUCCGGAGUGACUCGUACACCUCCAGGGCUUUCAGUGCCCGCCACACAUCCCUACCCGAACGGCUCAACUAACGCCAACGCCACCGCAACCUUCCUUCUUCCGCUUCAAGACUAUCGACGUUAUGCGACGCAAGCAUUCCGCGAGGCCAACCAGCUCGCUGAGGGGCUUCUUCCUGGAUCCCACCCGAUUCGCCUUUCGGUAAAGGUGGAGUACGUUGCUUAUAUCUACGAUUGCUUGCACAACCCGGAACAGUCUCGGCGCAUGGCCAGGACGAGCAUCCGCCACGUGUAUGAGGCGCAGGAAGGCAUGGACGACGACUCCUUCGAAGACGCUGCAGAAAUGGUCGGGAUCCUGGGCCGGAUGAUGAAGAGAGGAUUGGGCGGCGCGGGCAGUGCGGGAAACCAGCAGCUGUCACCAACAAAAGAGAGGUCUAGCACUAGAAUGGGCGAUGUCGGAGGCAGCAGAGAGACUCAAGACUCACAGCAGGCGACGACGUGGGUGUAG